UUUUUCCUUCUCCAUAUCCACUUCCUCAAAUCUGCAAUCGCAAAAACCCUUAAAUCUUUCAAACCCUUCACUGUUUAAAUUCUUGAAAAAGAAAAAGAAAUUGGGAUACAAAAUGAUGAUGUAUCCAGCUAAUAGUCGGUGGCUGCUUGGCGACUCGGAGAUGAUGGCGUCAACGAGUUGGACUCGUUACGAGGACAAGGUUUUUGAGCAGGCUUUGGUCCUGUUUCCCGACGGCGAUGACCGGUGGCAGAGGAUCGCCGAGCGAAUUCCGGGGAAGAGCGCCGGUGACGUUAUUGCACACUACGAGGCGUUGGUUCACGAUAUCGGAGAAAUUGACUCCGGGCGAGUUGAAUUGCCGACUUAUCGGGAUGGUUCGUUCGGCUGGGACCAGGCCGAGCCCAGUCAGAUCUCUUUCGGCAAUAACAAAAAGCAGGGCGAGGUUGAACGGAAAAAGGGCACUCCUUGGACGGAAGAAGAACACAGGUUAUUUCUCAUUGGGCUCGAAAGAUACGGGAAGGGUGACUGGAGAAGCAUAUCAAGGAAUGUAGUGGUCACGAGAACACCUACGCAAGUGGCAAGCCAUGCACAGAAGUACUACCUCCGGCAACAAUCCAUGAAGAAAGAGCGCAAAAGGUCAAGCAUCCAUGACAUUACUACCGCGGUUGAUACAAAGACUGUUCCUCCCCAGGCAAGUUUUUCUUGCCCUGGAGGUGGCGGUGGAGGCUAUUCGAACUACAACAACUUUCAUAAUCAAGGGUGAAAGUUGAAGUAUACACACAAGAGUCAUCACACUUGUAAAUGUAACUCUCCAACUUGUAAUUACUCUUAGCUUUAGAUGAUAGUUGGUUUAGGAGUAUUAGAUUAAUAGUUAGAGAAGGCUUAAUUGCUUAAGUGUGUCUGCGUGUGACUUUGAUCCUUGUUCAAGGGUUGUACUUUGUCAGUAAAUUUUAAUUUUAUAAUAUUGUAUAUGGAUUGUAUUAAAC